AUGUCCCUGUCCUGCACGGUCACUGAGGGCCAGUAUAAGAAAACACACCUAAAAGUAGUGAAAACCUCAGAUGUCUUCAGUUUAGCCGGAGAUAAAGUGAAGCACGAAAUGAAGAAGUGCGUGGCUCUUUGCCCCCCUGGACCGAAUGUUCUGCUGCUGUUGGUGAAGCCUUCUGACUUCACUGACGAGGACAGGCAAAACCUAAAGUUCAUCCAAAGGUUCUUUGGCCAAGAUGCUUUGAAAUACGCAAUGGUCAUUUUGACACAUAGUGACGAGAAGAAAACUUCAGCGGUGGAUCGACUCAUACAAGACUGCAGACAAAGGCAGCAGAGAAUCGAGUUUGAUAAAAAAGAUCUAUCAGAGCAGGAUCUUCAAGAACUCAUAGAGAAGAUGGUGAGCAUAGUGAAUGAAAACAGAGGCAGCCAUCUGAACAGAGGUGAAGAGGCUGACCCCAUGAGAGAUGCUUUCAAACCACCUCUGAACCUCGUGUUGUGUGGGCCACAUGAAGUCCUGAAGACUUUAGCGGCCAAUGCCAUUCUAGGAAAGCACCAGUCUGGCCAAACUGCUGACCCCUCAGAGUGUGUUAAGAAUGAGACCCAGGUGAACAGACGUCUGGUGUCCCUGGUGCUGAUGCCUGCUCUGUAUGGAAAAUCUCCAGAGGAGGUAAAGAGUUGCACUCAGCAGUGUAUUUCUCUCUGGAAUCCCGAAGGUGUCCACGCCUUUAUCCUGGUCCUACCCGUGGGUCCCCUCUCUGAUAAAAACAACAAAGAGUUAGAGAUCCUCCAGAAUGCUUUCAGCUCUCAGGUCAUUGACUUCACCAUGAUUCUCUUCGGAGUCGAAUCAGAUCCCACGGAUUCAGCUGUUGUCAACUUUGUUUAUGGAGACAGAAACAUCCAGGAGCUCUGUCAGAGCUGUGGAGGACGAAGCAUCAUCUUCAACAUCAAGGACAAGCAGCAGGUCUCUGAGGUGUUGCAUAUUGUGGAGAAGAUGACGGCGAUGGGAUCGAAAUGCCUCACAAGACAAAUGCUUGUUAAGCCUCGAAUGCUUAAAGUCAUCAGACAAACUCCUGUAUGGAAGACAGACAGUAAUCCCAACAACAGCCCAGACACUCUCAGAAUAGUGAUGAUUGGGAAGACUGGUUGUGGGAAGAGUGCAACUGGAAACACCAUUUUAGGGCAAAAAUGCUUUUAUUCUAAAGCCGCCAUGAAGUCAGUGACGGAGGUUUGCAAAAAAGCAAUAGGAGAAGUCGGUGGCCGACCUGUUGCCGUGGUCGACACGCCUGGCUUGUACGACACAAGUCUGUCCAACAAUGAUGUGAAGAAGGAGCUCGUGAAAUGCAUCAGCUUGUUGUCUCCAGGACCUCACGCAUUUUUACUUGUGGUGCAGAUCGGUCGCUUUACCCAAGAAGAAAAAGAUACAGUGGAGCUCAUCAAAGAGUUUUUUGGCCACAAGUCAAAAGACUUCAUCAUCGUUCUUUUCACCAGAGGGGAUGAUCUUCAAGAUCAAACUGUGGAGAGUUACAUGGAAGAAGUCAGCGAUGACUUUGUUAAAAAACUGAUCGACGACUGUGGUGGAAGAACCCACGUGUUCAACAACAGAGAUCAGGGAAAUCUUUCACAAGUCACAGAGCUGUUAAACAAAGUACAAACAAUGGUGAAGAAAAACGGUGGCAGCUGCUACACUACAGAGAUGUUCCAAGAAGCUGAGAAACAAAUAGAACAAGAAAGAGCAGAGAAAGAAGAAGCACUGAAGGAGAAGGAAGACUUCAUUAACCAGGAGCAGGAGAAAACAAAGAGAGAAGAGGAGAAGAGAAAACAGGAGAACAGGGAGUCACUGAUUCAUGAAGAAAAUCUGCGAAUGCAGUGGCAACAAAAACUUGAAGCUCUUGAGCAGAAAAUAAAAUCUGAAUGUGAAAAAAAUGUUCAUGCUGACAGAAAGCUGAUGGAAAACCGAGAAGAGAUGAAACAAGAGCGAGAGGCUUGGGAAAACGAACGCAAAGAAUGGUGGGAGAAACGAAAUCAAGAAGAUGCACAGAGGAAAAAGGAAGAGCAAACGCAGCUGAGAAAGCUCAAUGAAGAAUAUGAGAAGGAAAGACUUGAAUAUGAAAGCAAAAGAAAAGACGAGGAUCGACUCAGAAGAGAACAAGAGGAAAGAGACUGGAAAGUAGCGCAGGAGAUCUAUGAGGCAAAGGUGGAGGACAUGAAGAAGAAAAAUGCUGAAGAAGCCAGAAAACAAGCGGAAGAGUUCAACGAGUUCAGACAGAAAUACUCAGUCGACUUUGCAGCUCUGACAGCAAAACAUGACAGAGAAAUGGAGGACAUGAAGCAUAAGCAGCAAAAGAGCAACGCCAUCAUGCUCAAACAUCUGCUCAUGAAGAAAGAAUACAAGAGAGACUUUGACAUGCUGAAGAGAAAACAAGAACAACAAAUGAAUGAGCUCAAAUAUCAUCUUUCUGCCCAAAAUGGAGGCGAGCCAAACGAAGAAAUAAUAAAUCAACUACAGCAAGAACACGAAGACCAGAUCAAUGACUGGAUAGAAGAAUGCACACUGAAGGCUGAGGGAGAGAAGUCCUGCUCCAUCUUAUGA